CUUCUCUCUAGAAUGAUGAUUCUGGAAUGUUUUGCAGCAAUUAUUUUUCUGUCCUGGUUAAGUCUUAAAUUCUACAAAAAAUCUCGUGCUAAUGUCAUGGCACCUGAGCCAUCCGGGCGGUGGCCCAUCAUAGGCCAUCUCCACCUCCUGGCUGCAGCCCAAGUUCCUGCCGCCCGAACCCUCGGUGCCAUGGCCGACAAAUACGGCCCCAUCUUCUCCCUUCAACUCGGUAGCCACCGAGCCGUCGUGGUCAGCGGUCGGGACGCAGUCAAAACGUGCUUCACAACCCACGACUCUGUUUUCGCGUCCCGUCCUCCUUUGUCCACGGGAAAACAUUUGGGCUACGAUUGUGCAGUCUUUGCCCUCGCCCCUUACGGACCGUUUUGGAGAGAGAUCCGUAAAAUGGUGACUUUGGAACUCCUGACGAACCACAGACUGAACGAGCUGAGGCACGUCAGGGAAUCUGAAGUGAACGCACUUCUUAAGAACCUUUACGAGAAAAGAGGUAUGAACGCACCCUUAAGCGAAAUGUUGGAGUCCAUGACAAUGAACAUAAUUCUAAGGAAGUUGGCCGGAAAGCGACUUCACGGUGAAGGAGAAAAGGAGAAUUUGAGAGAAGGGAGGCUUCUCAAGGAGGCAAUAAGGAAGGCUCUUUACCUUAGUGGGUUGUUUGUAGUGUCCGAUGCGAUUCCAUGGCUUGAGUGGUUGGAUGUUGGGGGGAUCUUAAAGUCAAUGAAGGAAACCUUUAAGGAGAUAGACCAAGUCCUUCAACAAUGGCUACAAGAACACAUUCUCAAGGGCAAUUCCAACUCCGUUCAAUCAGAUUUCAUCGAUGUAAUGUUGUCUGUAAUGAAUGAGGACGAGUUGGUAUACGGCCAUAGCAGAGAUACCAUAAUCAAGGCAACGGUUUUGAUUCUAAUAUUAACGGGUUCGGAGAGCACGGCGGAGACGAUGAUAUGGGGUUUUUCCUUAUUGUUAAACAACCGUCACUCUUUAAAAUUUGUCCAAGAAGAGCUCGACAGAGUGGUGGGAAAGGAGCGUUGGGUCCAAGAAUCAGACAUAGAGAAUCUAACAUAUCUCCAAGCCAUAACUAAGGAGACUCUACGGUUGUACCCUCCGGGUCCGCUAUCCGGUCCUCGACAAGCCCUUGAGGAUUGUCAUGUGGGCGGGUAUUUCAUCCCAAAGGGUACCCGUUUGAUUGUCAACAUUUGGAAAAUUCAGCGAGACCCGGAAGUUUGGUUGGAUCCUGAGGCAUUCCGUCCUGAGAGAUUCCUCGAAAGAGAGUUCGGGUAUAAAGGGCAGCAGCACGAGUACAUGCCGUUCAGUUCGGGGAGGAGGAUGUGUCCUGCGGUUGGGUUCGGGCUUCAAGUGGUGCAUUUGACCUUGGCUCGACUUGUGCAAGGGUUCGAUAUGAAGGGUCCGGGCCAGGAUCAACAACUGGUGGAUAUGACCGAAGGAGUUGGGUUGGCCUUGCCCAAGGUUCACCCACUUGAAGUUGUGUUGACACCUAGGCUUCCAACAAAGCUUUAUCAACAACUCUAAAAUUAAUAAUUUAUUGAAAGUCUUUGCUUUGAAUAUUCAUAAAUGUAAGAUUUUAAAUCAAAUGAAAAAUAAAUCAUUGAAUGGUUUACGUUGACUUGA